ACUGGAAGAUCAGUCUCCGAGCCGGGCGGGCCAGCCGCGGGGCGGGAGCGGGGCUGGUGCGCGCUGGGAGUCCGGCUGUCGCCAGCAUGAGCGCGCAAGGCUCGGAAGCGGUGGUGCUUGUUUCCGCGGCAAGAACCCCCGUUGGUUCCUUUAAUGGUGCCUUGUCCACAAUGCAUGCCCAUGAGCUGGGCUCUAUUGUCAUUAAAGAAGUAUUGAAGAGGGCAAAUGUCAAUCCGGAAGAAGUGUCUGAGGUUAUAUUUGGACAAGUCUUGACAGCAGGUGCUGGUCAGAAUCCUGUACGACAGGCCAGUGUUGGUGCAGGAAUCCCAUAUGCUGUACCAUCUUGGGGCUGUCAGAUGAUAUGUGGCUCAGGCCUGAAAGCAAUAUGUUUGGGGGCUCAGUCCAUAUUGACAGGAGAUUCCAGCAUUGUGGUGGCAGGAGGCAUGGAAAGCAUGAGCAAGGCUCCUCACUUAGUUCAUAUGCGAGCUGGAGUGAAAAUGGGGGAGGCCUCAUUGCAGGACAGUAUUAUCUGUGAUGGUCUUACAGAUGCAUUUUGCCAGUAUCACAUGGGUAUAACAGCUGAAAAUGUGGCAAAGCAAUGGCAAGUUAGCAGAAGGGAACAAGACCAACUUGCUGUACAGUCACAGAAAAAGGCAGAGGGUGCACAGAAAGCUGGCUACUUUGAUAAAGAGAUUGUUUCUGUCCUUGUGCCUUCUAGGAAAGGUCUUGUAGAAGUUAAAACAGAUGAGCAUCCUCGCCAUGGAAGCACCUUGGAAACUGUAGCAAAGUUAAAGCCUUGCUUUCUGACCGAUGGAACUGGGACAGUAACUGCAGCUAAUGCCUCAGGUGUGAAUGAUGGGGCUGCAGCUGUAAUUCUUAUGAAGGAGUCGGAAGCUGCUAGAAGAGGUCUUACUCCUUUAGCACAAAUUGUGUCUUGGGCUCAAGUGGGUUUAGACCCUUCCAUCAUGGGAGUAGGACCUGUCUCUGCAAUAAAGAAAGCUGAGAGAAUUAAAUACUUCCCUAGUGCCUGUAUUGAAUAUGCUGUCCAAACUAAGCUCCAUGUACAGCCCAGAUAUAAUUUUGCUUUAACGACAAGCGACUGAACUGACAGCAGAGGCAUUAUGCUGAGGAUGUGGGGUAAGGGAGUUGUCUUUACUUCACUAACAGGCGAACUAGCUCUGUUGUGAACUGAAUCUGGUUCUCUAGCAAACAUUGUACUAAAGCUGAGGUUCUCAAACUGGGGGUUGGAACCCCUCAGGGGGUCAAUGAGGUUAUUAUAUGGGGGGGAGGUGUUUGUGAGCUGUCAGCCUCCCCCUCAAACUCUGCUUUGCCUCUAGCAUUCAUAAUUGCAUUAAAUAUAUAAAAGUGUUUUUAAUUUAUGAGGGGUCACUAGAUCAAAAGUUUGAGAACCACUCUACUUUUAAAGCAUACAGUGGCCCUUAAUUUUACUUUCAUGAACUUUACUGCUACAGCAGAUGUAUGCUAUCAUCUUAGAAAGUUUGGAUAAUUCCUGUAACAGUUAUGCUGAUAGUCUACAUACUGCUCAGUUUCAGUGCGAAUCUUUAGGUAAUUCUAGAUAGCAUCAGUACCUACACCUAAAAAACUGAGUUUGAAGACCUGUUUCCUUUGCAGAGGUAACUUGGAUACACAGAUGUACUGAUGUAAUUCAGGGCAUCAUUUGAGAACUGAAGGCACUCUGUAAACCAUUGUCAGAGGUGAAGUAAGACCAUUAAGUAUAAGGAUGGUGUUUGCUGGAACUAAAAGGAAAGUCCUCACUAGUUUUGUAGUAGUCAAACUGGUCUAAACACCUGACAGUAACGGUUUUCUUUCAUGUAGUGCCACAUAUGUCCAGAAAAUACCUCAAGAAUGAGGGAAGGGCUAAUGGAAGUGUUUCAGGAAACAAAGCCUGAACUACCAGUCAUUAAGCACUCUCGAUUUAUUGGAAGGAUGUUUAUUUCUUAUUUGCAGUAGUGGUAGAGCCAUGUUGGUCCCAGGUUAUGUGAGAGACAAGGUAGGUGAGGGACUCUUUUAUUGGCCCAAAGUUUACCUUCCACCAAUUCAAGUUAAGCCAAUAAAUGAGUCCCUCACCUACCUUGCCUCUUUCUUAUUAAUUAUU